GAGGAGGGCAGUAAUACGCCUGGAUGCGUCAAAACUGCCGGAAAUACAAAAGAAGAAGACCAUGUUUAUCGAUUGUUGUUUUUUUUUUUCAGCCCACCAAGAAGACGAAGACCAGGAAGCUCCGCGGACACGUGAGCCACGGACACGGUCGUAUCGGCAAACACAGGAAGCAUCCUGGAGGUCGUGGUAAUGCCGGAGGUCUGCAUCACCACAGGAUCAACUUCGAUAAAUAUCACCCCGGGUACUUUGGGAAGGUGGGCAUGAGACACUACCACCUGAAGAGGAACACCACCCACUGCCCCACCAUCAACCUGGACAAGCUGUGGACGCUGGUGAGCGAGCAGACCCGGCUGAACUACGGCAAGAAGCCCGAGGGCCCGGCGCCCAUCAUCGACGCCGUGCGCGCCGGAUACUACAAAGUUCUGGGGAAGGGCAAACUGCCCAAGCAGCCCGUCAUCGUCAAGGCCAAGUUCUUCAGCCGGCAGGCCGAGGAGAAGAUCAAGGCGGUGGGCGGCGCCUGCGUGCUCAUGGCCUGAUGCUCCUGCAAAUUUUGGAAAAUAAACUGUGUAAAUGGUG